CAACCCGGCCGAUGUGCCCGCCGCCGAGCAACCCGGGGAGGCGGCCCCCGAGCCCCGGUCUUCUCCCGCCAGCCACCCCCAGCCGCCCGACUUCUACUGCGUCAAGUGGAUCAGCUGGAAAGGGGAGAGGACUCCGGUCAUCACGCAGAGCGAGAACGGGCCCUGCCCACUACUGGCCAUCAUGAACAUCCUUUUCUUGCAGUGGAAGGUGAAACUGCCUCCCCAGAAGGAAGUGAUCACUUCCGACGAGCUGAUGGCUCACCUGGGGGACUGCAUCCUUUCCAUCAAGCCCCAAAAACAGUCGGAAGCACUCCAGCUCAACUUUCAGCAAAACGUCAACGACGCCAUGACGGUUCUGCCCAAACUCUCCACGGGGCUGGAUGUCAACGUGAGGUUCACAGGAGUCUCCGAUUUCGAGUACACCCCUGAGUGCAUCGUCUUCGACCUUCUCGACAUGCCUCUUUAUCACGGCUGGUUGGUGGACCCGCAGAUACCAGAGAUGGCUCAGGCCGUCAGCAAGCUGACCUACAACCAGUUGGUGGAGAAGAUCAUCACCUGCAAACACUCGAGCGACCCUAAUCUGGUGACGGAAGGCCUGAUAGCGGAGCAGUUCUUGGAGUCCACGGCCUCUCAGCUGACCUACCACGGCCUCUGCGAGCUGACGUCCACGGUCAAGGAAGGCGAGCUGAGCGUCUUCUUCAGGAACAACCACUUCAGCACCAUGAUCAAGCACAAGAGCCACUUGUACCUCCUGGUGACCGACCAGGGCUUCCUUCAUGAGGAGCAGGUCGCCUGGGAGAGCCUGCACAACGUGGACGGGGACAGCUGCUUCUGCGACGCAGAGUUCCACCUCAGCCACGCCCUGGGCAAGGAGGCGGCCGGCGGUUCCCCGCAGGAGCAGCAACUCAGCCAGAGACAAGUGGACCAGGAUUACAUGAUUGCCUUGUCUCUGCAACAGCAGCAGGGGGGUCCCGCACUGAGCGACUUAGAGCUUGCCCAGCAGCUGCAGCAGGAGGAAUAUCAGCAGCAGCAGCAGCCGCCGCCUGCCGCAACUCCCCCUGCACAGGGGAGGACUCCGCCGCCACCCCGCCCCUCCGGAGAGCGCAGGCCGCGCCAGAAGCAGGAUUCGGACUGCGUCGUCCUGUAACGCCAAGCCGCGGGUGGCUCAGAGCACCACCUGUUUCCCAGCCGACAGAAGUCUGCCGCGGAGAAGGACCGCCCUCUUCUACACGCCUCCUGCUCCGCUCACGUUAUUAUUA